AUGAUUCUUCUGGAAGAUAUCGAUGCUGCGGGCAUUACUGAAAUCCGAGCACCAGUAGGCGAUGCGGCCUCAGAAGCUGCAAGGAAAUUUGCAGAACACCGCCAUAAAGAGAAAGAGUCACGUAUCCCACUUUCAGCCUUGCUAAAUGCAAUAGAUGGCAUUCUGUCGGGUGAAGGUCGAAUCCUCCUGAUGACCACAAAUCACGUAGAGCAGCUUGACCCUGCUCUUUCUCGUCCUGGACGUAUAGAUAUGACCGUCCACUUCGAGAACAUCACCACCAAAUCAGCCAUGGAAUACUUUCAAACCUUUCACAAUACGACAGCCACGUUUAACACCACCUCAGAGAGCAUCAAAAAGUAUCAGGCUCGAAAGCUCUCGAGUUUCGACUACCCGGAGACCGAGGAGGAAGUGGCUCAGCUCGCUCGCAUAUCUGCUAAGAAGAUCCCAAAUGGUGAAUUUAGCCCAGCAGAGUUGCAGGGAUAUCUUCUGCUGCACAAGUACAGACCCGACAAGGCUAUUCUCGGAGCUGAAGAGUGGAUCAAAGAAGUACGAUUGGAUAGGAAGUUGAAGAUGGGACCAAUGGCAGCGACUGAGAAGAGUGAAGAGCUGGUAGAGCCGGUUGAGACGAUUGAAGUGACACCACCCUACGAGGAGGAUGUAAGACAACGCCGAAGUACAAGAGCAAGGAGUAAGAGUGUGAAGUCAAGGUCUAGACGUAAAGCUAUCUGA